CUACCAACCACCUCACCUCGCUGCACACCUCACCCAAUUGUGUUACUUGAACAAUCAUCUCGCUCACGAUCAGCUUCUUGUUACUGAGUGGACCAUUAAGGGAUGUAAUCUUUGCCAGAGGAGCUCCCGAUUUCAUUAUAGCCCUAUCAGCACUCUGCACGCAAGACAGCUGGACUCGUCGUCGCCCACAAACCUCCAAGGAGCUUUUAUAACUGUCGAUAAAGCACUCACAGCCAUCAUAUAUCCGUUUACUGAGAGAUCAAGGUAGCAGGUAGCUCCGGAGCAGGAUGAAGGCAGCUCCUCUACUUGUUUCCUGGCACAACGACAACAGCCCGGUUUAUUCAGCUCACUUCGAGCACCACGGCAAAGGACGUCUAGCUACGGCAGGAGGUGACAACAAUGUCCGGCUAUGGAGGAUCGAGGCUGUCGGUGAGGAACGGAAGGUCGUCUAUCUCUCGACGCUGGUGAAGCAUACUCAGGCUGUCAAUGUUGUUCGUUGGUGUCCGAGAGGGGAAACUCUGGCAAGUGCCGGCGAUGACGGCAAUAUCCUCCUGUGGGUUCCGGCGGAGAACCAGACGCACCACAAUAACUUCGAAGAGGGAUUGGAAGAUAAAGAGACUUGGAGAGUCAAGCACAUGUGCCGCUCCAUGGGUUCUGAGAUAUACGACCUUGCAUGGUCUCCAGAUGGUGUCUUUUUCAUAACGGGGAGCAUGGACAACAUUGCACGCAUCUACAAUGCACAAACAGGUGCCUGCGUACGGCAGAUUGCUGAACAUAAUCACUAUGUACAAGGUGUAGCUUGGGAUCCCUUGAACGAGUACGUGGCCACGCAGUCCUCGGAUCGAUCGGUACACAUCUACACUCUGAAGACGAAAGAUGGUCAGUUCUCCUUGGCCCAGCAUGGAAAGGCAACCAAGAUGGACCUUCCCGCUCGACGGGUAUCAUCCCAUAGCCCUGCACCGCCGGAAUUUGGAGCGCGGACCUCCUUGGUCUCGCAGGACUCAAGCCUGGCUGUGGGCUCUCCAGCACCGUCUGCGCCAGGCACUCCGCAAUCACUGGCCCUUCCAAUGAACCCCCCACCGACGUCGCACAGCCGUCGAUCCUCGUUCGGAUCUUCUCGUCGGUCAGCGUCGCCGGCUCCUUCCAUGCCUCUCCCUGCUGUAAUGCCCAAUUCUCCCAGCAUCAGCAGUCUUGGCACAAUCGGUGUGAGGAACGCCCCUCUUUAUGCGAACGAAACAUUUCCGACCUUUUUCAGGCGCCUCACAUUUGCACCCGAUGGAAGCCUUUUGUUCACACCUGCAGGCCAGUUUAAAGCGGUGCACGCAUCAGCCACCGAUCCUCAGAAGCCCUCGGAAGAAAUCAUCAACACUGUUUACAUCUACACCCGAGCUGGGCUUAACAAACCCCCCGUGGCAUAUCUACCGGGCCACAAGAAGCCAUCUGUCGCUGUUUCUUGCUCACCCGUAUAUUACACCUUACGAGCAACUACCGUCCCGACAAAGCAUAUUACGGUCGACACGUCAUCAACAGAGGGGGAUAUACCAUCGUUACCCGAGCCCGCUAUCCCCUCCAGAGCACCUACAUCCCAUGCCUCCAUGGACCCGCCCCGGUUGACAAGUGCUCCUUCCCCUUCACCCAGUCUAACAUCUGCAUCUCCGAAAACAUCUGAGAACGACGCAUCUACGUCUGGGGCACCGCCUCCCGGCCCUCCGUCUACAUUCAGCCUUCCGUAUCGUAUGGUGUACGCGGUAGCGACCCAGGACGCAGUUCACAUCUACGAUACGCAACAACAGAAGCCUCUGUGUAUCGUGAGCAACCUCCACUAUGCCACCUUUACGGACAUCACUUGGUCGAGUGAUGGAUUGACGCUUAUAAUCAGCUCGAACGAUGGCUUCUGCUCGGCCCUGACGUUUGCACCCGGGGAGUUGGGAGAGAAGUACACCGGGCCGCUGGCUACGCAGGGCCGACAUCACCACACUCCAUCCAGUAUCAACACGGGUGCAUCCCAAUCCUCUAAUCAUUCUACCCCAACGCCAACACCGACAACCUCUAGCUUGCCUGUCUCUACAACACCAGCUGUUCCAGCUUUGUUGAAACAACCGUCCGCGGGCUUCCCGGCCUCACCAUCUUCCUUCGUUCCAGCACGACCUGGCAGCCCAACAAGGAGCAACUCCGUCUCGAGCAUCGCUACAGCGUCAUCAUUUGCUCCCAAUGCGGCCGAUCAAGCUCCUAUGAAUGCGCCUACUCCGGUCAUGUCCCAGGUUCCAGGACUGGCCGCAGCGAACUCUGGGCCGGUGGGAUCUAUACCGGUGUGGACUCCACCACAUACGCCGGCUCAUGGACACGGAGGCACGCACAGUGCUAGCAGCUCCCUUAGUGGCAUCCCUGGCGUGGCCACGGCUAGGCGGGAGAGUGAAUCCGAAAGAGAGGAGAGCACAUCGGGUACGAGGAAACGGGAGUUACAAGCUGUUCCCGAAGUCGAAGAGCAGAGAGAGGGAAAGCGAAGGAGGAUUGCACCCACUCCUGUCACAGUGGGAAACCCUCAAGAUGAUGCUGACAUAACAUCGACUGAGGAGAACACCCCGACCACGCAGGCACCGGCCCAGCAAUGAGCACGUGACGCCCGAAAAGGACGAUGGUCGACGGGUAUUGGUACACUGUGGAGUGAAUCAUGUAACGAUGGGAUUUUUUGCCAUCCAGACUUUGGCGCACGCGUAGCGGAGUCCGGCGCAUUUCCAUGCAUUAGCGAGGCAUCUCUGGCGUUUAGAGGGAAGGAAUGAACGGGCAGUGGCAGGCGUACUAUGGGAUUACCUGGCUUUACCCUAUGAUUUGGUAGGCGAUUGGGCCGGUUUCUGGAUAGGGUUAUGCUUUCACCAGAAGAUUGUAACCCACCGCUAGGUUUACGUAUCACAGUUUUCAAUGCAAAACUUACUUCAAGUUCCCG